AGAGAGCGGCGAGGCUCCCGUGACGUCAUUGAACUCAACGCCCACUUUCUGCCAGUCGGGGCAACAUGGCGGCGUUAGGUGUCAUUGUGGACCGGUUGGUCUCUGUUUGGGUGAAGCCGGAGGUCCGCCGGAACGUCCCCUGGAUGUUUUUACUCAUCUCCCUCGUGGGCUCAGUCCUGAAGGAGCUGGAGCUCGUUCCUCAGACGUAUUUCAGCAGCAGCAAAAACGUUUUUAAUGUGUAUUUCGUCAAAGUGUCCUGGGGGUGGACGCUGCUGCUCCUGACCCCCUUCCUGCUCCUCUCCAACUCCCCCGUCAGCAGAAGCGUUUCCUUCCUGGCCCGGCGGCUGCUCUCGCUGGCGGUGGCGACGGCCGUGUGGUACGUCUGCACCGAGACCUUCUUCUACAUCGAGGACGCGACCGGCUCGUGUUUUGACACCGCCGCCUCCGUCCCGGUGAAGGACUUCACCUCCAAGGCCAGCUGCAGGCGGGCGGGCUUCCACUGGGACGGCUACGACAUUUCCGGACACUCUUUUAUCCUGGCGUACUCCACGCUCCUCAUCGUGGAGGAGACGGCCCCCAUGGCCCUGGUGAGGACAGCUCGUCUGUCUACACUCCCCAGGAUGGUCCUGGCUCUGCUGUAUGUGGCCUUGAACCUGAUCGUGGUCAUAUGGGUGUGGAUGUUCGCGUGCACCUCCGUUUACUUCCACGAUCUCUCACACAAGUUGCUAGGGACCGUCUGCGGGCUGCUGGGGUGGUUUCUGACUUACCGGGUUUGGUAUUUGACGCCGUGCUCGCCGGGUCUGCCCCCCCAGCUGCAGUCAAAGGAACAGAAGCAGCACGCCUGAGGCCGAAUCCGCACUGACCUCCACGGACGGCUGCAGUCCAAACAACAACACUAACCAUGACGCACGGGGGUCCAGCGCCAGCCGGGAUGCUUGAAGCUAUUUUAGGUUUCCUCUCCUCACUCGGAGCUGUUAUUGUUCACGAGGGACCAGCAGCUGUCUGCAUUCACCCCGCCGACUGUGUAACUCCAGAGAAAAGCCGCUCCGCCAAGACCAACCGCCUAAAAAAGCUAGGACAGUCCUCACUCACCUUUCAUAUAUUAAGAGUAAAUAAAAAACAAGAUCUGGAUAAAAGAACAAAAAAAAACCUAACAAUUAGAGUUUUUAUUGUUAGUCAUAGCUAAUAUAACACGCUAGCAUCAGUUUAGUCAGUUAUAUCAAGCUAGUAGCAUUAAAACGAUGUUUUAACCCUUUAAUACUUGAGGCGUUGCCGGUGACGUUUCAACUCAAAAUCUUUAACGUACUGUAACUUUUCAAUCGUUACAAUUGAAGGAGAGAAGCCGCAGAUGCUAGGAGCUUGCUGCUUUUGCGGUAUCCCGGACAAGACCCUGGUUUACCUAUCAGGUGCUCCGAUAACACGACAAUUCCAACACGAUAAUGAUUGUGUUAACGGUUUAAAAUUUACAGUAAAUGAAAGAAUAUAAACACUGGAGCUCCGGUGUUAAAGGGUUAACUUGAUUUGCCUUACUUGUCACAUUCUAGGGUUUUUCUUUUUACUAUUUUGGUCCAUUUCUGCAUAUUUAUUUACAGAAACUUCAAAAUCAUUUCACCGAUUCCUAAAAAAAACAGAACCUGUUAAAGAAAAGAUAAAUGAGAAUGUCUUUUUCUGUGCUUGCUGCCUUAUAAAGCUUAUUUUUUGAUAAAAAGCUGCAGGAGGGAACACUUAACUAACUAUAGAUCUAUGGUGGGGAUAUUUUUGAAGUAAAAAACUACCUUCAGAAGGAAACUUCAGCUAGAUGCGGAAGUGAAUUCUGGGUUUUGGAUUGUAGGGAGUAUAUAUUAUAUUUUUAGAGCCUAAUUUAUUUCAGUGGUUGAAUAAUUAAUGAAGUCCAGCAAGAUUUAUGAUUUCAGAGACUGCAGAACAAUGAACACCGUUGGGCUGAAAAAGAAACGAGUCUGCAGAUUUACGUCUUCCGUCGAUGUUUUAUUUUCUCUGCGGAAAAGUUUCUUCUUUUCCACUUUGGGAAAACCGAUUGUUCUGGAUUCUGGAGCUUUACUUGUUUUUAAUCAUCUAAAAUAAAACACAAACUGAUGAGUUAAGAGAAGAGUUCCGUGAAAUAAAUCCACUAAUAUUCUAGUUUUUAAGCUAAAUCCAAGUAAUCUGGAGUCACAAAAGUGUCACACCAGUUGUUUUGUUCACACUUUGUUCACAAGUCUUUGUGUGUUUGUGUUGCUGCUGCAGAACUAAUUGUGUGACACUUCAGUGCCAAACAGCAUCAUCUGUGUCUGCACCAGGAAGAGUUUCUAAUGUCAGAAAAUGACUUUUUGGUCCAAAUAUGUUUGUUUAAAAGUCUUUCGACAAAUACAAAACUCGACACAAGAAAGUGUGUGUAACCAACGGCUGUAUUUAUUAUAGAUGUGUUCAUUUUUGUUGUAACUUCCUGAAUGACUCUGAAUUUAGAAAAAUAAAAAGCGACUUGUGUAUUCUGUUUUUCUUUAUUGAUGGCAACUGAAAAAAUUAAGGCGUAUGAACAAACAUCAUAAAAAGCACCAUAAAUUAAUGCAUAUAUAGAGAGAGAUAGAAAUAUAAAAAAUAAAAGUAAAAAAUACUGUGAAUCAUAAUUGCCACAAAUCACAGCUAAUAUUUCUUGAACUGUCUGGGAUCCAGGGAGUGCAGAUCCAAGCGCUCAGGUGGCGUGCUGACAGCUGUGCUUGGAGGACAUUCACGUCCUGAUGGCCCCUCCCUCCGCGCUGCAAGACUAAAGGUCAUUCUGAGCUUUGAAAGAUCAUCCUGCACAACUGAAGGAUGAAGGAUGAAGAUCUGAACCCUCCAGAGGAGGAUCAGGGCUUCUGGGAGCUCAUCUGUUCAAAUGGGAAUUCUGAAUUUGACCAUUUUUAAAUUCAAAGUUGAGACUUGAAGAAGUCAGGAUUAUACUUGGAUUAUUAGAAUAUCAGAAUUCUGACCCAGAUUAGAUGUCCUGCUUGAUUUUUUAAAAAUAAUUUACCAAUUAGUUAAAAGUGAAAUAAAUUCAGGGUUUAGAAUAUCUGGAUUCUAAGAAAAAAAUGGAUUGUAAUUAAAAUAAAUUUCUAAGCAAAAAAAAAAUAUCACUGACUUAAAUCUCAGAACAAAAAGCAUCGUAUUGGUUUAUUUAAAAAAGAUAUAUUUUAGCAAUCCAGCACAAAAAAUGAAAGUCAGAUUUCUAACAUUGUGAUUCCUUUGAUAAUAUUAGCACAACAAACACGUUUUUGUUGUCCAAGUUAAAAAAAAAUAUAAUUCUUUGCGAUUUGUGGGUCCCUUUUUGUUGUUUUUUGUUUGUUUUUUUUCACAGUAAAACUUCCUGAUGUAAAGUAUAUUCUUAGAAAAAGUUGUAUUAAUUGGAAACGUUUUUACUGUUGACCUGAUCUUGACACUGGCUGAGACCUGCAAUCGUUGCAAAAAAGGAAACUGCAAAUAAAAAGAAAUGCUACAAAUAACAUGAAACUGCUGCGAAGAAAAUAAAUUCUGCUGCAAAAAAA